GGCCUUUGUACUACGCCCUGGCUGCUCGUCAGUGAAUGAAAGCAAGCUCCAAACAAUCGCUUCAUAGUAGGCGUUUUGCCUAGCCAUGACUGAGUUGUGCUGCGUAGUUGAGUGGGGAGUGACCCACGGUAGCAAAGGAGUACAGAGAUAGAGAAAAAUAUCAGGUUUAUGUCAUUUAUGACAUACAACUUUAUUUGCGUGUACCGCCGUGAGAGUGCACACGGGCCUGUGCACUUCUUGUAAGUUGUAGCCUGCCAGCUGUAAAGCACCUGUCAAUUUAGCGCACUGUGUCGUCAGACCAUAGGAUGAGCUCGGUACGGGUCGAAUCGCCGUUGCUCCCGGAGUUCCGGAGACAGCCGUCUCCGUCCUGCCCAUCCAGGAUGCCUAAGCCACGGGCCUGCCGAAAGCUCUUCCCGGUGGACCACGACGAGACGAACCGCGUCUUGCAAAACCAGCUCGCAAGAAUGAGAGAGGAACAGAGGAAAGAGUAUGGCUUCGAUUUCGACCGUGGAGAGCCGCUGCCUAACCAAGACGGCAGCAGCCGGUACAUAGAUUGGGAGGCGACACCUGAGGAGAGAGUGUCUUCAUUUUACCACGAGACGGUGGCGAGGCCAGGGCAUCGUCAUUCUAGGUUAAGACCCCUGCCAACACCCCACACCUCUCAGUUUCCUCAACACCGAAGCUCUGAAAACGGACGACCUAAUGCAGCCAUCUGCACCACCACCAGCCGCCACGCUUCAGCGUCCCUUGUUAACAGACUGGACGCUGAGAACACCCGGACGUUUAGACCGGUACAGCACCAAGAUUUAUGCCCGACUGAAACGAACUCCACCACUGCCACAUCUCCUAACCCUUGUUCCACACCCUCCUCGUCAUCAGAAUCACCGGGUCGUUCAGGAACAGCGGGAAGAAGCUGUGCGACUUCGACAAACGUGAGAACAGCACCAACUCAAAGCCAAGUCACUGAUGUUAUGAAACAACGCAAGCGAAGACGGUCUGGCAGCGGCAGCACGAGCAGUGGUUCCAACAGCGAUGCUGACGGUGGGAAACACUCGCACGACCCCGCCAAGCGACGGCGUCAGCUGCCCGGUAGCUCGUCGGUGUCGCACUCCACUACGGGUCGUUCGUGAUGUAGCCCCUCUCUGAGCAAAGUGAAUGGAGGGCAAGUGCAACAACACACAGUGAGUGACGACCACACCCCGUCGAAGGUCAGAGGUCUCCUGAUAGAAGGGUCAAGGGUCUUCAGAUAGUUAGAACUGGACUGAGACGCCGCUGCGGGCGCUCAGCCUUUCAUUUCUUACCUGUAAACUUGCACGUGACCUUGUUUGUCCCAUCUUGGGAGAGAGACGCGAUCCACCGGGGAGCAUGCAGGUUUUUUCCCCGAGCAGUAAAACGGCACUGCGCCUCACGGUCUCACUGACAGCCCCUGCGUGCACCCAAAAACAACGGGUCGGCGGGUCACUGAAUAAAUCUCUGGCUCACAGCCAAGAAAUCUGGGCCUACCUGAGCCUCACGCAUCCUUUGAAGUCAUGUGGUAGUGGGCAGAUUGCCAGCAUUUUCCCGCCUUUUUUGGCUGGCGGCGAGUGUUUGAAAAGUACAGAGUCGAUCUGAGAACUGUGGUGCAGAUAUGAGAAAACCACAGGCUCGUCAGAACUCGCAAUGAAGAAAUAAAACAGUCCCUUCUUUCAACUUGUAACCCCAUCUGAUAUAUGUAGGUCACGGUUGUAUUUUUAUCAUACAGUUGAGUGAUUUAACAUGAUUGACAGUAGGCAAAUAAAACAGGUGUUUCUAUUGUCAGUAUUACUCAAACAAAAAAGGCGCUCUGGCGCGGUGGGAUACGUGAGCAACAUUUGUGAACACCUCUAGUUUGAGACUCCUGUGUUAAUACUUGUACAGGUAUACAUGUACAUUGUGUAAAAUGUUUGUAUAGUAAGUUAUUUCCAGAAACUAACGAGAAGGAAAGUUUGUAUUAGAUAAAAUGGUCGUAGUUAUUUAAUUAAAUUUAUGAAUAACUUAUUCUUUGAUCGUAAUCAGCAACAUUCCAGUAACCAGUUAAAAUUACAUGUAAGCAAUUGGACUUGUGCAAAAAGCUUGUGUAUUGCUUAAAUUGUACAAAAGUAGCAUUUGACAGUGGCAUUGUUCUCAGCUCAGGCAAACGAUUUCUAACCAAAAUUGAUAUUUUUGGAAACGGAAAUAUGUAGCAUUUCAAUGUAUAAGUUUCAUGUUUAGAGUAACGAGGCAGGGAUACUAUAUUCUAAUCACAUUGAUGUUUCUAUAUAUUUCAUUGUGUGAUCCCAUUUGUGGAAAAACAGUCGAAAGAACCAACAUAUUAAGUAUCUUUGUGAAGUUGAAACAAAUUCAAACAAAUUCUCAACUGGCCAGUGGAUUGUUUCAGUUGAGCAGUCAGUAUGAGGUGUUUUUCUUUCUAAAAGUCAUUUCAUCUCUUCAUUUCUUCUGCCAACAACAUUAAAUGAUUUUCAAUGAGCUGGGUGCAUCUCCCUGCCUGAAAUACUGUAUUAUGUAUAGCAACCUGCUUGGAACAACGGUGUAGCCAAUUACAAUUGUAGAUCAGUAUGUCACUGUAGUUAAUUGAUCUGAUUGAAGACCUUGAAGAUUUACUACGAGCUAAGUCUUCGCUUAACUGGAGACCAUUCGGCUUUUGUAACAAAUCCAUGGCCUCGGGGUCCGCCAGUAAGUUGACUUGGUCCGCGUUUAGGUCACGUUCUUGAAUGCGACCCGUGGUCCUAGAAUUGACCCUAGUAUGUGUCAGUCUGCGUCCUUCGGUGGCUUGAUGUACAAUAUCGUAGUGGUUUUAUAUCCCCUGUUGAAACAGAUUUCAUUUUUCAGUGUUGUGAAGAGCAUGCACGAUGAGCCAACAGGAACCAGACGGUGCGAAGGGACAACUGCUUGUAAACGCGACAUAGGACUGGUUCCUGCAUCACGGGGCAACGUGUAACGGGCGGCACACUGGAACUCAGACAAAAUAGUUGAUUGCGCCUAAAAAAAAUGUUCGCAAAUUUUGAGAGAAGGGUGGUAAUGAAGACGCAGCAAUUUGUCUUUUCAUGAACUAUGACUUGAAAUAAAACAAUAUUACAUUUAGGCGAGAUGAACUGAAAUUUUUUUGCAAUGCCGCAUUUGUAUAUUAUAUCAGCAUGUGAGCCAUAAUAUCUCAGAUUGCUCAGAACAACCGACAAUUGAAAGUACAGAAAUUUUGUAGGGAAAUUAAACAUGUACGAUAAUCCUUGUAGAAUCUGCAUAUUUGUGCUUCCGUUUUAAUCCUUGCACACGUGUUUUCCAAAUUCCGUGCAUUGACACCAUGUAUUUAUAUUAGUAAUUUCAAAUGAACUGAACAUUUUCUAAUUCUAUUGACUGUAGAACCAUCUGCCACUCAGCAUUUUCACAGCCGAAUUUCACUAGGCAAUUAUUACAUGGGUUGGUUGCUUUGAAGAUGGGUUAAAUUUCAAAUGUGUAAGUCUAAGCAAGUUAUUUAUAUAUAAAGAUAAUAUAUCAAUGUAUGUAUAUUUGUCGUAUACCUGCAUGCCUGCUCUUACGGCUGAAGUAUUAAAUAUUGCAUUAAAAAGACAGGAAUCAAGACAA